AUGCAUCAUCUCUUGUCUGGUGUUGGUGGCUCUUGUGAGUCGACUGAGAGAGUCAACGGUGUGUCGAGACGGGAUAGUAGUAUUUCUCUGGAGGAGAGUGCUUAUGAGCGGGACAAUCCUGAUCCUUCAAGGAACACCCUCGCUCCUCUCGAGAGUCAAAAGAUCCAAGACCGCCAUGAUCCCAACGCAGGACAUGGAUGUACCCUUCCUAUACCUAGUACCUCCUCGUCAUCGUCUGUCGUGGCACCAAUAGAUGUAUAUCUUCGGUGCGGCGAGAGCCUCGAAGCUAGGUUGAUAAGGCUCGAUGCGAUCCUAUCUCAAGGGAGACAGACCUCUGAACCGGAGAACAUAUCUCUGUCACCGGAAGCUUCAAGCUGGGAUAUUGUCAACACCCCGCAAAAACUUGAACAAAAGGUUCCAAGCACUCCUGUCCUCCAGCCUAUCGAAGGCCCCAAGACUACAGACCAUCAACCAACAACGACAGGCCCAGACGUCGAAGUGGGAGACAAGAUAGCCGUCGACUCAAAGACUGUGUCUGACCUCCUUCUGUCAGAUGCCGCGCAGCCAGCCAGUGACGAUACAGAGGAAUACAAGGAGGCUUUGAUCAAGUAUCGAAACUCUGCCAAACGAUCUGGGCGUAAGGACAGGGCUCGCAUUCACAAGGACCCCAAGAAGCGAAGUGGCAAGAAGAGGAUAGCCAAGAGCAAGAGUGUAUGA